CCAACCCACCCGCAACAUGCCUUCCUUCCUCAUCCUGUCUCGAAGCGCGACAGUGUGAGAGAGCGAGAGGGCGACGAUGCCGCCGCCUCCCGUUCGAAGCCCUAGCAGCCUGCUCCUCUGCCAUUGCCGUCUCCCCUUCCACAUUUCCCCUCAAACUCGUCUCCCCCUCUCGCACAAUUCCUCAGUACGCCGCCGCUUUCACUGCUCCGCCGUCUCCGCUCUCUCCUCCGACCCCCAGAUAGCCCCCACCGACCUCACUACGACGCCUCCCUCCUCCCACAUCCUCUCCAUCCGCGAGUCCCUCCUUUCCCGUCGGAGGACCGCGGCCGACGUCGCGGGAGAGUACCUCGAUCGCCUCCGCCGCACAGAGCCGCAUAUCCGUAGCUUCCUCCAUGUGUCGGAGACGACGAUGCGGGAGGCGGAGGAGGUGGAUAGGCUGGUGGCGUCCGGGAAGGACUUGGGGCCUCUGGCUGGGGUUCUUGUCGGAGUGAAGGAUAAUAUUUGUACUGCGGGCAUGCCGUCGACUGGUGGGUCGAGGAUUUUGGAGGGAUAUCGACCACCUUUUGACGCCACGGCGGUGAGGAAGUUGAAGGAGGCUGGAGCUAUCAUAAUCGGGAAGACGAAUAUGGAUGAAUUCGGGAUGGGGAGCACAACUGAAGGCUCGGGCUUUCAGGUCACAGCAAACCCUUGGGACAUCUCACGUGUGCCUGGAGGAUCAUCAGGGGGUUCUGCCUCUGCUGUUUCAGCUAAGCAGUGUGUCGUGUCUUUAGGAAGUGAUACUGGUGGUAGUGUGAGGCAGCCAGCAUCAUUCUGUGGUGUUGUUGGGCUCAAACCAACUUAUGGGCGUGUCUCCCGAUUUGGACUCAUGGCAUAUGCGUCAUCUUUGGAUGUCAUUGGAUGCUUUGGAGCUUCAGUCAUUGAUUCUGCCAUUGUUCUAAAUGUGGUGUCUGGUCAUGACAGAUUUGAUUCAACUAGUAGCACACAUGAAGUUCCUGACUAUGCAUCUUUUCUGAUGUCAACUGAUCACUUUGAGUCUACACCUUUGAAAGGACUAAAAGUUGGCAUGAUUAGGGAGACUAUUGGUGAUGGUGUUGACGUGGGAGUGAUCUCCUCAAUCAAAGCCGCUGCUUUACACUUGGAAGAACUAGGGGCUACAAUAACAGAGGUAUCACUGCCCUCGUUUUCUCUUGGGCUUCCAGCUUACUACGUCUUAGCGUCUUCUGAAGCUUCCUCAAAUUUGUCACGCUAUGAUGGUGUAAGAUAUGGGAAUCGAGCUACAGUUGAUGAGUUAAACUCAUUAUAUGGAGACUCCCGAGCUGAUGGAUUGGGACCUGAGGUAAAAAUGAGAAUUUUGAUGGGAACAUAUGCACUCUCUGCCGGAUACUAUGAUGCAUAUUACAAGCGUGCUCAGCAGGUGAGGACAUUGAUUCGGAAAAGUUUCAAGGAUGCAUUGGAGAAAAUGGAUAUUCUUGUCUCACCAGCAGUACCAUCACCUGCUUAUAAAAUUGGAGAAAAGGUCAAUGAUCCUCUGGCUAUGUAUGCAGGCGACAUCAUGACAGUGAAUGUUAACUUGGCUGGGCUCCCUGCGCUAGUCGUGCCAUGUGGGUUCGUUGAAGGUGGAAGUGCAGGUCUUCCUGUCGGCCUUCAGAUGAUUGGCUCUUCCUUCAGUGAGGAGAAGUUGCUGAGAAUUGGUCAUAUAUUUGAGCAAACACUUCCAAACUACAGAUUUGUUCCGCCAUUGCUGUGAUUGUAGAAUCUCCACAAAAAUAGUGAAUCAUCAGUGACGAUGCAUCACACAAUACGGUGUAUCUUCCUAUAUAUGAAUUCCUACCAAAUUGAUUUUUUCUGUCUACUCCACAUCGAGUUUCAGCUUGUGAAGAUGCAUUUUGUUGGUCACCUGAUGCUUCUCCUAUUUAUCCUGAUGGAGAUUUCUUCUUUAUUUGUCAAUAAUUGUAAAAUUUAAUUACUCCACAAAUCAUACACUGUGCCUGGGCUAAGCUCAGUUUAGUUACAGUUCACUUCUAAAGAAAAUCUACCAAUAUCAUAUCGCACCAACAAAAAUGGCUGUGUGAACUAGCUGCUCCUUGUUCAAAAAGCGUCUAAACUUUAGAAUACAAGAUAUAAAAUUUUAUACA